GCCAAUCCUUUGGUUAACUCUACCUACCCUACCACUUUGUUCAUCCCAUCACCAACAGAUAAUUUGAACCUAUUUCCAUAUUCCAAUCAGUUUAUUUUAAUCAGAUCUUAUCAGUUUAAAGUUAGGGUUUCUGAAAUAAUUACUUGAAAAUUAUUUAAAUGAGUUACACUUAUUUAUGACGUAUGCUAUAUUGAUGCAUCGGAUCCGAAUUCUACACUCAUUUUCCGUCGUCUUUUUGUACUGGUUUCACGAGCUUUCAUGAAUCUCCCUUAAUCAUUUCGUAUCCGUAUUUGAAAUCCUUAGAAUUUUUAUUCUUUGUUAUAAUUAUUAUUUGAUUAAAAUCAAUUUUGAAAACCCUAAAUUCUAAACAAAACUACAUAUUUUCCCCAAUUUACAUCUCAAUGGCAUCUCCGCAACGGAAACAGUCUCCAAACACCACAGGAUCAGACGGAGACACGAGGUACGCGAACCUUGAUGAAAGGAAAAGAAAGAGGAUGAUAUCCAACAGGGAAUCGGCUCGGAGGUCACGUGCAAAGAAGCAGCAACGUCUAGAUGAACUACUCGGUGAAAUCAGUCAGUUACAGAACGAUAACAACACGAUAAUGAGAAAAGUUGAUGGGGCAACCCAAAUGUUUGUUGGUGCAGAGUCUCAGAACAAUGUUUUGAGGGCUCAGCUUACGGAAUUGACUGACAGGUUGCAUUCUUUGAACUCGGUUUUGCAUAUUGCUCAAGAAGUUAGUGGUUUGACUAUGGAUAUUCCUGAGAUUCCUGAUACAUUGUUGGAACCGUGGAAGCUUCCUUGCUCGGUUCAGCCUAUCACAGCAUCAUCUUUCGAUAUGAAUAUGUUCUAGAGUAUCUGAUCAAGUCCCUGCCUAUCGUGUCGUGUCAGUGGGUCUGAGUUUGGUUAUAUGUAAUUGUGUUUCUGGUAGCUAUAAUAAUAAUAAUGCUAGUUAGGCAGGCUUGUUUCUGUGAUAUAUGGGAUCCGAAAGAAAAUGGUGUUUAGUAGUAUGUGAUUUUAUUAGGUUUGGAUUGCAAUAUAUAAUCUACUAUUUUUUGUGUA